CUUUGGGCACCCUAGGCUUUGAUACUCGUUCGCCCCCUGACUAUGGCUUUAUAUACAGCUACGGGUACUGAGUAACUCCUCUACUUCUCCUCCGAACCUGUCUGCCUCGCUGUCCGUCCUGUAUACCCGUCUUUCCGUUCGCCAGCUCUAGUAGUAUGACGCCCAGCGCUCGAAACUCCUGGAUUUGUGUAUUUUCAGUGUUUACGUUGUUCUGUGCUGUUAAAGGUGCACCACUAGAGCAGUAUUCCGUCGAUCUUAAUACGUGCCAACCGAGCAUCUCCGACGUCGUGCUGUCUGGCCAGUGUCUCUCCGUCUGCGAGCCAGUACGGACAGCACAAGAGAUAUGCGAGCAAGGACUACCUUGCACAUGUGAUAUCGCAUCGCCUGGUGUUAUAAUGGCGUGCUUGGAGUGCCAGUAUACCGCGCAACAGGAAGAGUCAGGGAUGACUGCCGCGUCUCGACGAGCACUUUCCGCAUACGCUGAGCUGUGCGGCAUUUUGCCAGAGACGAGGCAAGAGGAAGAAGCUCCAUCACAUGAUGAUGCGGCACCCAGCGACUUGCUAGCGAGGAGGGAACGCCUCCAGGGCUCGUCGCUGGCGUGCGAGUACGGUGUUCCUGCCCUCUCGCUCAAUCUUCCUCCAGCCUUCAUCCCAAUUAACCCAGAUCACCGGAUAUUUGGUUUUUUAUUGCUUUCUGUAGCGAUAGCUUUGUGUAUAGUGGAUCGCCAGUGGCGACGGUCGACUGAUUGACUCAAGUUUCUUGCGCAGUACACUGUGCUUAUUUGACGGCGGCGAGCUAGUUACCGUCACCAUUCGUCAUGAUGCAGCCGGCGACUGCCUCUCUCUCUCUCCACGUCCCAGCUAUCGUCAUAUCUCACACAAAGGCUACAGAAAAGGUCGCGCUCGACGGCUGUGGACGC